AUCCUUUGAAUCCAGUCGCCACAGUUAAUUUGAUCUUCUGCUGACCAGUCGCAGCAAAAUCUAUCGACCGGCACUUCCACUUACCCGAUUCCACUGGAAGGCUGAUAGCCACGGGUCACAUGACCUGGAAGAAAAAAACAAGAAGACUUUUGGGAUCCCUCUUCGCAUGGGCUGGCUAUCAACCUGAGGGGAAGUCCAAAGGCUGAUGAACUGAUCUGCGUGAGACCAACAUUGCUCUGGAGUCCUAUAUGUCCUGGGAACACAACGCCCAGCACAAACCUGGUGACUGGCUGGCUGGAAUACCACCAAACUCCUUCUCCUUCUGAGGACAUCCUAUCACAGGGUUGCUCGUACCUCCCCCCGCAGCAUGGAGCCGACCAAAGUCCAGUCAGAAGGUGGCCUCAAUGUCACCCUCACUAUCCGCCUCCUCAUGCAUGGAAAAGAGGUUGGAAGUAUAAUUGGAAAGAAAGGAGAAACAGUAAAAAAGAUGCGAGAAGAGAGUGGAGCACGGAUCAAUAUUUCUGAGGGCAACUGUCCAGAGAGGAUUGUCACCAUCACUGGACCAACAGACACCAUCUUCAAGGCUUUCGCCAUGAUCGCCUAUAAAUUUGAGGAGGACAUUAUCAAUUCCAUGAGCAACAGCCCAGCAACCAGCAAGCCCCCGGUCACUUUAAGGCUUGUCGUGCCAGCCAGCCAGUGUGGCUCUCUCAUCGGGAAAGGAGGGUCCAAAAUAAAAGAAAUGAGAGAGUCCACAGGGGCGCAGGUGCAGGUGGCGGGGGACAUGCUGCCCAACUCCACGGAACGUGCGGUGACAAUCUCCGGGACCCCAGAAGCCAUCAUCCAGUGUGUCAAACAAAUCUGUGUAGUCAUGCUGGAGUCUCCACCAAAAGGUGCCACUAUCCCUUAUCGCCCAAAGCCCGCCUCCACCCCAGUCAUUUUUUCUGGUGGCCAGGCCUACACAAUUCAGGGACAGUACGCCAUACCACACCCAGAUCAGUUGACCAAGCUCCACCAGUUGGCUAUGCAGCAAACCCCCUUUACCCCUCUCGGACAGACCACCCCUGCUUUCCCUGGUUUGGAUGCCAGUCCACCAGCCAGCACCCAUGAACUCACCAUUCCUAAUGAUCUAAUAGGGUGCAUUAUUGGACGCCAAGGAACCAAAAUAAAUGAGAUUCGACAGAUGUCUGGGGCGCAGAUCAAAAUCGCCAACGCCAUGGAGGGCUCGUCAGAGCGCCAGAUCACCAUCACAGGGACCCCCGCCAACAUCAGCCUGGCCCAGUACCUAAUCAACGCCAGGCUGACGUCUGAAGUCACUGGAAUGGGCACACUCUAAUUUCCCUCCCAUCACAUGACCCUUGAGCCAAAAAAAGAAAGAACAAAUAAUAAAAAAAAAAAAAGCAUUGCCGCUAGUUUAAUGAUUGAUUUCUCUGUAUUUCUUGAUAUUUGAGUUUGAUUACAUAUUGUAUUUACUGCAAACACGUAUCUGCAAAGACUCGUCCUCACGACCUUCUGAAGCCCCCUCGUCGUUUCUGUUUUCCCGGAAUAUGGUGGCUUUACUGUUUUUGGCUCUCCAGCACCCUUCACGACAUCUCACCUGCUGCACCGCUUUGUUUUUCCUCAUAUCGCCACACCUCACUGUACAUUUGUCACUUUUAUUUCACGCACCUGAAAGCAAAUGCUGAAAUUCACCUGACAAAUUCUUUGAAGAGAAGUUUCAGUGCUCCAGCCCAAAGGUUUAAACGUCGAGCCUCGAUGCUUCAUUUCUUUCAUGAGUGAUGGCGUGAGCGCUUCACUGUGUGCCCGCAGCCGGUCACCUGUUUGUCUCAGUGCUUCACGAACACGAUAAAAUGACCUGCGACUGAACAGGUGGAAACACGCACCGAAUAGGAAGGCUGAUCAAAACGGAUUCUGCAUUCCGAGAACACCCGGCGCUCGUGUUUCUCUCGACAAAGAAAAUUGUGAAUUUAUGUCAAGUAAAUGACGGCAGCCUGGAGUGAAAUUCAAAUGCAAGCCAUAAAUAAGGCGCGAUUCAUUCCUCUGCGCGCCGCAGCCAUGCGAUCAUGUUAUGUAUGCUGCCGUCUCGUUGCAACUGUCGAUCAGAGUGGCGGGUCUCAUGGCCGUGGGAAUUGUCUCCGCGCGGUCGAGUGGUACGUCUGCACUCAUGUGAGGCCUAUUUAAAGAUAUUUCAGAGGCUCAAAAGGCUGCUGGGAAGUCACACUCAUGGUCAUCACGUCCUGUUUGGGUGGAAGAAAGCCGUCCCUCACUG